GAGCGGCGCUUCCCGAGCCGGCAGCGCCGAGCCCCCGGCCCGCAGGGAGCGGGGCGGGAGACGGAGACUCACCAGCCGGCAAAGUUGGCGGGGACCCUCCUCGCGCCGGUGGCCGCGCCACGCGGGGCGGGCUUCGGGGCGCCGGCUGAAGGCUGCCCGGGGCCGGCUCCCACUUCCCCCGUGUGGCUCCGGCUGGGCGGAGCGGGAGCUGGACAGCCCCCAGCACCGCGGAAAGAUGUUUUUGCCAUGAAGGUUUCAGAGGAACAGCCGUGUUAGUCUGUAUUCGCAAAAAGAAAAGGAGGACUUGUGGCACCUUAGAGACUAACCAAUUUAUUUGAGCAUGAGCUUUCGUGAGCUACAGCUCACUUCAUCAGAUGUAAGAACUCCUUUGUGACAACGGGACUGAUCACAAUUACUAGAACUUGCUUUGCUCUGAAGACCUGGCAGUUUUUUAAGAUGCCUUCUACCUUUGGUCUAAAAGUACUUCUAUAAAGUAGCUAGAAGAUCUGGGAGUAGAACUCUCCAGCCUACUAUAAUGUCAGAAAUGAGUACCAGCUGGACAGCCAACCUGAGCUUUGGAGCAUCUACAGAUCCUCAUGAGCCACGAACUGGACUCUCUAGAACAGGGCACACCAUAGUGGCUGUUUUCCUUGGAUUUAUCUUGGCAUUUGGCUUCUUGAAUAACUUGAUUGUUCUCAUACUCUUCUGCAAGUUUAAAACCCUGCGCAACCCUGUGAACAUGCUACUGCUGAACAUCAGUGCCAGUGACAUGUUAGUGUGCAUCUCCGGCACCACACUCAGUUUUGCAUCCAACAUCCACGGCAGAUGGAUUGGAGGAGAGUAUGGUUGCAUGUGGUAUGGCUUUGUCAAUUCCUGCUUUGGUAUUGUGUCCCUGAUCUCCUUGGCUAUCUUGUCUUAUGAACGCUAUAGCACCAUCACCCUAGGUAACAAACGGGGCUCUGACUAUCAGAAGGCUCUGCUAGCAGUUGGUGGUUCCUGGCUUUAUUCUCUCAUCUGGACAGUACCACCGCUCAUUGGCUGGAGCAGUUAUGGGAUUGAGGGGGCCGGCACAAGCUGUUCAGUACGUUGGACCUCCGAAUCAGCUGAGUCUGUCUCCUAUAUCAUCUGUCUCUUCAUAUUCUGCUUGGUCAUCCCUGUAAUGGUAAUGAUAUACUGCUAUGGACGUCUCCUUUAUGCUGUUAAACAGGUUGGAAAAAUCCGGAAGAAUGCUGCCCGCAAAAGGGAAUACCAUGUCCUCUUUAUGGUGAUUACUACAAUAAUCUGUUAUCUAAUAUGCUGGAUGCCUUAUGGCGUUAUAGCGCUGCUCGCAACAUUUGGUAGUCCAGGUGCAGUUUCUCCAGUAGCAUAUAUCAUUCCUUCCAUCCUGGCAAAGAGCAGUACCGUAUGCAAUCCAAUUAUCUACAUACUUAUGAACAAGCAGUUUUACAAAUGCUUUCUUCUACUUUUCCACUGCUACCCUCCUUCGGCUGCUGAUGGAGAAUCCCUAUGUCAGUCUAAGGUAACCGUAAUCCAGCUGAAUCAGAAAGUGGACAGUGGAGCCACAUGUAAUAAUCAAGUACUUCCUGAAACGGAUGAACAAGUGGCCUGUCUACGGAGCCCAGAGUCAAACGUAGAGACAGCUUCAGAAGACACACCACAGAUGUUAAAGGAGAAUUCUCUCGGAUGAAUAGGCACACACCUUAACCAGUGUAUGUUGCUUUAUUGCCAUGCUACCCAGUUUACUUUAUCAUUCCUAAAGGAAACUGCUAUUUGUGGAAUAGGAAAAAAAACAUGACAAGAACAAAAACAGGCUUCUGUUACUACUUCUUAAUAGCAACGAAGAUUGAAAGUCACUGAAGAAACUGUUUGAUAUGGCAGUUUUAAAACAAAACAGGUGACCUUCCAGGUAAAAGUGAAUUCUUUAUGGAGAACUGAAAAGCAGUGAAGGUUUAAAUCUUUAUAAUCUGAUGAGCAAUGUUUCCAAGAGUCAAUCUAUAUUAAGGACAUAUGUGUCAUCUAGUUUAUCCCUUUGCCAGUAGAUUUUUCCCUACUAGUAUUUUGGUCUCCUAUACUUAUAAAAGUGAGUGAUGGAGAUUCCACCCCUUCCCUUAGGACAAAGCCUAAAAAGCUCCAAGAUUUUCCUGAUAUUCACCCUAAUUUCACUCAACUACUCCUAGUUAAACUCCUUUAGCCUAUAGCAUUAAUCUCCAUCCUUAGCAUUUACAACAAUUCCACAUUUGCAUGUGGCUAUUUAUUGGUAUUCUGCACCCUGCCUGGCUAAUACCUAUUUAUUUCCAGGUGCAGUUCAAUCUUUUUAAGUGGUUGAUGACCCAGGUAUCAGACAAUGUCUUUCUUUCAUUGCUUGUUGCAACUAUUACAGUCUGGUAGGGCAUGCUGUCUGUCUGUUCCUGGGGUUGAACUCUCCAGGACCAGCAGCCAGACAUUUACUUCUGGGCCUAAAGUAGUCUUGGGGGGGAAAAAAGAGGGAAAAUGCUCCCUGUACCAGCCAAAGAAUAAGGGAGAUGUGCGAAGUACUGAUUGUUAAAAGCUCCCUCCUCCCCCACCCAUGGCUUGGAUAAAGGUGUGGGAGGCACACUUUGCCCUUCUUCUGCUUUCCCUAUUGUUUAUGUUCCAGAUACAUUUUCCCUCAUCUACCACAGCCUGAAUUUUGUAAGAUUUACAUGAGCAGUGAUGAAAUAUUUUACUGAAUUCACAUCUACUAAUUUAAUUCUGUCCCAAACUAGAAUAAAUGCAUCAAGUUUGCAUUUAUUUAUUUAUGUAAACCUAUGCUACUUACUGCUCACAUAAUGGAAUUAUUUCCAUUAUCCUUUAUCGGCCAAAUUUCCAAAAUGUGAUGUAUAGAUGAACACUAUCACUUGUGCAAGCAAAUUAUCAAAUUUACACAUGCAAACACAAUUUCUUGGAUAAAUCAAGCACACGUCUGUGCAUGUGAUAAAUAUCUAAUUUGCGCACACAAAUGGUAGGGCACGAAAAAUCAGUUGUGUAAAUGAGUGCUUGCAAAGUUGCACGCACUCAAAUACGGGGUGGGUCACCUUUUAGAAGCAUGAGUAGAUAUUUAAAGCAUUUCCUCAAUGCUUAUUCCACUAUUAAGACAUUUUAGAAAGAAUUCCACCAUUUUUCCAGUAUCCUUCUGGCUCCAAUAGCAGUUGAUUUAAAGACUAGAAGAGAAUAAUACUGUGAUUUAUUCUGGUGAACAUACAUGCAAGUAAAGACAAAGCUUAACAGAAGGGACAAAUAUUAGUUGUUUUUAAAAUGUAAACAGAGUCAAUUGGUAAAGUUCUAUUUUCAAGCCUCUAAAAACGUGUUGAAAACAAAGAACAAUAAAAACUACAAUAACCAGUGAUGUUCUUUUAAUUGGGUCGUGUCACUGGUACAGAGUACUUCACAGUUCAAUGCAUCUAACCAACCUUAUUUAGGGAGAAGAUUAAGUCACUAGAGAGUACAUACUGGUAAGGGAAAUAUACUAUAUGACUGAAUAGCUCUUUUCCAUCUGUAACUUCUGAUUCCCUUAAUAAAACUGACAGCAUAAAACUUGCCAAGAAAUCCUAAUAAUCCAGUAAAACAUCUUUUAAAACUAGCGAUGAAAACUAAAAUAUGAAUAAAAUUCUAAAUUAGAGAUGACAUUCCAUUCUUUCCUCACACAACUGUAAAAAAAGUGCACAAACAGGAAAGUUAACCUCUUCAUUCUGCAUGAGCGUGACUAGACAUCCUAGGUUUAUUUAAAAGCUUUUAGAUACUUUUUUUAAAAAUUUUUAUAUUUAUAACAGUUCACCAUUCGAAGAACAAACCUACUGUCUGAUGGAUAACCUAGGACUAAAUUUAGAAAAAAACAUUAAAUAGAAGGCAAAUAGUAGGAAUCUAAAACAAAUAAUAGAAAUUAGAAAUGCAAAGAACUAGGACACUUAGUCCAGUCCCCUGCCAAUAUCAAUAUUUUUUCCCUACUGUGCAUUUUCUAAUGCUCUGCACUUUCUGCUCUUUAAAAGUUCCAAGCAAUAGGGCUACCAACAUUUAUUUGGGGAGAGCAUUCCACAGCCUCGUAAAUCUCACAGUCAAGCCUCCCUUUCUUAAUUUCCUUAGUUCUCUUAUAUCCUUUUGCACCAUUCUACUCAUUUCCAUUUUCUUUAGUGUUUAUGACCUUCAAAUGGGAAGUUUAUGUCAUCUGGCCCCAGCUAGUUAGUUGUUGCUGUGCCAAGUUACAUUUCUUUUAAGUUUUCACAAUUCAAUUUCUUCAUCCCCUGAGCAUUUUGGGUGGUCUUCUCAAGCCCCCUUGAUAUUGUCAGUAGCUUGGCAUUGAGGUGCCCAGGAAUGAACACUGUAUUUCAAAUGAGCAAUAACUUAACAAUGAGACCUACUCCCCUACGGACUAGUUCUAAGGAAAUUGGGGAAGCCCUAUCAGUUGAUUCAUGUAAAAAUUAGGCCAGACAGACUACUCAAGAAUAUGCCGUGGGGAUCCAGAAUCAAGAAGUGGGCAGAAAAAAUUAUUUAUAGGCCUUUUCCAGUUCUGAUGUCUCUAAUACGCUAUUUUUGAGCUCUCGGAGCUUAAACAUCACAUCUAUUUUUAAUAAGGAAAAUACAAGAGAGUGUGGAGAUUACGAAGAAAAAUUUAACCUGACCUUAGAUGUGGCAAGAAUAACUGGUGAGGCUAUAGUAUUACCAUAUGUGCAAAAAGGGAACUGAAAAGAUUUCCUGAUAAGCCAAACCUAGUCUGCGCUAUUGCCCUAGCUCUUUUUUUUUUUAUGGUCCAAAAGCCGUAUUUGGAUUACAACAGCUGUAAAAUAGGACAUUUUAAAAAUAGUUUUGCCCAGAUACAGAAAAAUCUAGAAAAGUUGCUGUAUAGACUAUGUGUGUGUGACUUAUGAGUAUUCUAUAGAUAAGUUAUUCUGGGGAAAAUUACGAUUAGCGCUAAAACAUUUUCAUUUGAAAAGAAUCAUAGAACAUCAGGAGGUCAUCUAGUCCAACCCCCUGCUCAAAGCAGGACCAAUCCCCAAGAGUUUUUAAAAUAUAUAUUAUUCAAAUAAAAUUAUCAAGUUAUCAAGCUUGCUGCCCAGCUGUUUCUGUAUUAUAAUAUUACAGUUUUGGACACUAAUAAAAAUUUAAAUAUUUCAAAAUACUCAAUAGGAUAUAUUAUAUUUCUAUUAAAAGGAAGGUAAACUAAUUUUAGAAUAUUUAGAUAUGGCUUAAAUUGAGUCUAAAUGGCACAACUAAACUCUUGGGAUUUUGCCAUCUGUGCGGCUGAAAAUAUUUAAACAGAAUUAAAUGAAAAAUAUUAAGUUACUUGCAUGGAUGGCUUAUGCAAAUGAACACAGAUUCUAAUCAAAAGGAGAAAAUGUGUUAAUUUGUUUAUUGAUUUUAAUAACUCAAGAGGUUUUUAAUUUCCAACAUGCAUCUUUUGCACAGUACAGUUGCGCAUUGUGGUUAGCAAAUUAAUUUUUAAAACAUUUUUCUUAGUUUGUAAAUAUAUAAAAUUUAAUUUAAUAUACCUGAGUAUAACAGAUGAUGUAUAAAAGCAUCUGAAGUAAGGAAUCUAAUUCAAACAUUAACCAAGACUUCAGCUCAGCUUCUGAUUUAGCAAAACUGUUUAAUUAUUUACAGUGUAGAAGUACGGAUACAGGACUUGAUUUUCAGAAGUGCUGGGCACUCACAACUUCUGUUAAGAGUUGUCGAUGUUCAGUAACUCUGAAAAAUGAGGCCCAUAGGCCCAUUUCACUUUUUUAAAAAGUCAGCAUUAAAGAGACCGUAACAAGCUUAUGUGAGAGAGACUGAACAAAAUCACAUAUAUGUAAUCUGAUUAUCACAUACAUGUAAUCUAAUUAUCACACACUCAGUAUACACCAAUGUUUUCCCACACAUCACAGUAGCAGCUACAGAACUAAGUUUAACAAUGUAACUAACUAUUUUUAAUUAAUUUAAUUAAUUAAGUACAUUAAUUUAAGGUUUUUUGAACAUAGGGCAUAAAGAAAAUACAGUUUUCUGCACAUUAGUCUGCAUAUGUACACUGUGUGUUUGUCAUUCUUUGAAGAGACAUGGAUGUCAAAGUAAAAGUGACAUUCUCAGGUGGAUGCUACUGACUCCGUCAAAUUUAACAAACAAAAGGCAAGAACAGAAGCAAUGGUAAAUACUGUAGCUAAGCUAUCAUUGAGGUGUAUCCCUAGUAAUAUUACAAAACACAUGUAUAUAUGAAAUUUACUUUUUUCUGGUGUUCAGGAAUGCUGGUUGCAGGAGUAUUUGUUCAUGCUUGUAACAGGCUAUACAAUGCCACAGAUAUCCAUGCGGAUUGACCACAGUAUGUUACCCACAGUUCUGUGGGUUUAAUAGACUUUUUAAAUGAAGAAAAGUGCUGUGUUCAUUUUCAAGAGAAGGUUAUUUCAUGUCUGUUUGGUCAAUCAAAGAUGACAAAUAUUAAUCACAAGAGAACACUACUUGAAUUUACAGAAAAUCAACACUAAUUAAAGAAUUUAAAUGUCACCAAAUGGCGUUUGUGCCUAGACAUAAGCAGUAAUAUACUGGUGUUUGAUGUAGAUUUUUGCAUCGUGUAGCUUGAUUAGAAAUCAAUAUAUGUUACUGUAAACACAAAAAGUUAUUUAUCAAUAACUAUAAUGUAUUCUGUAAAUUCAUAGAUAUGAAAAUACUAACCAAGAUUACCAUGUGCUGUUAAGUGUUUUAUUCAAGGUCAAAUGACAUGCUGGAGUAUUAAACCCGCCACACAGAAUGAAAAGAUGAAAAGUGAUGGAUAAUAACAUAAUGUCUGAAAUGCUAUUUGAAAUGAGUUUACUCCCCUCUCUGUGUAUACCAGGAAGCUGAAGCUUCUUAAAUAUUUGAGUGUUUUCUGCCUGCAUGAUAAUAUAUCUGAAAAGAGUAACCACUACACCAGUCCAAUUUUGUUUUUUAGCAACUAGUUACCAGAUUACUAGCUAAGCCAAAGUAACAAUAACACAGGCAAAUGGUUUUAAAACAACUAACAUGUUUAACACUGUCACUGUUUCUUUUCAAGUUAUGCAAACAUUCUUUUUAAGCCAAGGUAGAGAUCCCCAGCAUUCUUCUUGUCAGCAUGCCAUUUGAAAUGGUUUUAUAUCCGUGUCCUGAAGGAAAACAAUCUGAUAAUGUACCAGUGUUAUAAUUUGCUUGCUUGUGUUGUCAUUUUGAAUUAUGCAUGCAAAGGAAGUUGAACGUAGUGUUAUCGAGAAUCCUUAAUGCCAACCUGUAGUUUUGAACUGUACCGUGAACUGUAAAUGCUGAAACAAGAAUUUCUUUUUCAAUAAUAAUAUAUGUAUUUA